CACUUCUGCUUCUGAAGGCCAUAAAACUGAGAGAGAAUUUGGCAGGUGGCAUUCCUCUCCGAGGCGACACGGGCUAGUCCAGAACUCUGUUCUCUCCGCCAGUCUUCAUUGCUCGGGUUUCUGAAGCAGCCAUGGCAGCAGUGCCUGAACUCGCCAAUGAAGUGAUGGCUUACUACAGUGACAAUGAGAAUGACCUGUUCUUUGAGGCUGAUGGCCCGCAACAGACUAAGUGCUCCUUCCAAGACCUGGACCUCAGCCCUCUGGGAGAUGGGGGCAUCCAGCUGAAAGUCUCCCACCAGCUCUACAACUCCAGCUUCAGGCGGGCCGUGUCGGUCAUCGUUGCCGUGGAGAAGCUGAGGAAAGUGCCCAUGGUCUGCCCACAGGACUUCCAGGAUGACGACCUGCGGAGCCUCUUCUUCUUCAUCUUUAAAGAAGAAUCCAUUGACUGCAUGUGGGAUGGCAGUUACGAGUGUGAUGCAUCCCUACAAUCGCUGCACUGCAGGCUCCGGGACAUAAACCAAAAAUCCCUGGUGCUGUCUGGACCACAUGAGCUGCAGGCUCUUCACCUGAAUGGACAGGAUGUGAACCAACAAGUGGUGUUCUGUAUGAGCUUCGUGCCAGGAGACGAGAAUAUCGACAAGAUACCCGUGGCCUUGGGUAUCAAGGAAAAGAACCUGUACCUGUCUUGCGUGGUCAAGGACAAGAAGCCCACCCUGCAGCUGGAGACAUUUGACCCCCACGGUCUGUCAAAGAAGAAGAUAGACAGGCGAUUUAUCUUCCACAAGAAGGAAAUCAGGGACAAGGUAGAAUUUGAGUCUGCCAUGUACCCCAACUGGUACAUCAGCACCUCGCAAGCGGACCAGACGCCCGUCUUCCUGGGAAGUACUAAAGGUGGCCAGGAUAUAACUGACUUCACCAUGGAAAUCCUGACUCACUGAAGAGGCCUGUACCUGUGCUGUCAUCCGAGGGCUGCAGAAAGGGUGCCGAAGGGUUUGAACAUGGCAGGGGGCUGCACUUCACUGUGGUCUAGUCAAUGCCCAGCUGCUUUCCCCACAUUAAUUAGGGAGAAGCAGCCCCCUUCUCCCAGAGCCACCCCUCUCGCCUCUCUGCUCAUACAAAGCCAGCCAGGCAGAAACCACUGCACAUUCGGUUCCAGAAUCCCUCUGUCCUUUGCGCCCAGCUUCCAAUAAGCAACCACUUAAACUAUCUGUUUAUUUAUUUAUUAUGGGUUUGUCUAUUUAAUUUCGCUCAAGGGGGCCAGGAAGCAGCCGUCCCAGUCUGCAAUAUCUAAGGAGCCCAUGUCAUUUGGAUGAGUGUGCUGUCUUUAUAUCGAGCCCUUUCACCAGGCUGAAUAAGCUCAGAUUAUUUUUAUAGGAAUAUUUGUGAAUGAGAAGUAAGAUACUGUUUCAAUAAUUCUGAAAUAAAUUUCACUGAAAAAUAAAA